CGUCGUGUUGUAAUCAUGUCUGGAAGAGGUAAAGGAGGAAAAGGACUUGGGAAAGGAGGCGCUAAGCGUCACCGUAAAGUGUUGCGUGAUAAUAUCCAGGGAAUCACCAAACCCGCCAUCCGUCGUCUCGCUCGCCGCGGCGGUGUCAAGCGUAUCUCCGGUCUGAUCUACGAGGAGACUCGCGGUGUGUUGAAGGUGUUUCUGGAGAACGUGAUCCGUGAUGCCGUCACCUACACCGAGCACGCCAAGAGAAAGACCGUCACUGCCAUGGACGUUGUGUACGCGCUGAAACGACAGGGACGAACUCUGUACGGCUUCGGAGGAUAAACGUCUUUAUUAUCAUCAGACAAACCCAACGGCUCUUUUAAGAGCCACACACACUCUCACACGAAGAGUCAAUGUUUCAACUUUUGAAGAUUAUGUUAACAUCAAGUAAAAUUUAAUUAGAACUGUUAAGAUUAUUAUAAAAUGUACUGCAUUAUUUCCGCCGCGGUUUACGAAUUUCACGAACAAAAUUCAAGCAGAUGUGAUGAUGCAGGAUAUAUGAAAAUGUACAUUUUAACUUUGAAAUGUAUUCGGGUAAAGGUGAUGGAUUUAUGGAAAAAGGUUUCUUUAUGUCUAAUAAAGAUUAUCUGUGCACAAUGUUUUCUAAAGAACCACUUCAAUAAUACAAUUUGUAAAUAAGCAAAAUGAGCGGGAAAACUGAACAAAGGAAACCAACUGAAUAUUGCGGGGGAUGAUGAUUUUCAAACAUGAUGUGAUAAGUGGGACUUGGAUAUGGAAGCCUCUGAUUGGCUCUUAUUCCUUCCCAUUAAACUUGUAGCUGUCCAAUGAAAUCAUAUAGUGGGUGUGGCCAAUAAAAACACGCAAUCAGAGUGCGCAUUGACU